UCUAGGACGAGCACGGCCACGAGCGCGAGCGGUAAAGACGGUUCGUCUGCAAUUCCGCUAUUACCAGCUCUUGCAAGCACGAAGGAGUUGAAUAGGCAGAAGCAUAAUGCUUUUCUAGCACGGAAAGAAAUACUUGUAGAAUUAGCACAGAAACGAAUGGAGCAACUAAACAGCUGGCGAAAAAAGUUGACUGAGAAGCACCACGCUCAAACCGAGGCAACGCAAGAAGAGACUCGUGCGCGAGAAGCACAAGAGGAGGAGAAGCACGCGAGGCACCUCGCACAUUUAAAGUGCGAAACGAAAUACCGAUGUGAAGC